AAAAAGGAAGAACGAGGCCGGCGGCUGAGAGAAACGGCCUUAUCAUUUCACAUUUCCUUUUCUUCGAUUUAUUUCGGCUAUUCAACCUUUGGAAUUCUGGAGAAAUCCUUCUUUGAGCUUUUGGGUACGUGCAAAUUAAUAAUAUACACGUACAAUGACGACGGAAUGGUCUGCAACAUCUGCUACAAAAGCUUAUCUUGAUACUCUCAAGCUGUGUGACAAUCGCAAGAGACAAUGCGAUCCAUGGAAGACACAUGAACUUGGGAGCAGUGAAUUUGUAUCAGCCUUAGCAGCAGGCACAAGAUCUAAGCUCAUAGUAGAGGUGACAUCUGGUGCUUCCCCAUCAACAAUAGCCUUAGCAGCAGCCGCAAGGCAAACUGGUGGGAGGCUGGUGUGUAUUCUUCCAGAACCAGAACUUGAUGAGUCGAAAAAAACAAUUAAAGACUUGGGUCUCAAGGACUUGGUGGAAUUCAGAACUGGAGAUCCCUCAGAAAUAUUGCACAAUUACAAGAAAAUCGAUUUCUCUCUUGUUGAUUGUAAGAACGAUGAUUAUGCUAGUUUGCUAAAGUUGCUAGAUGUUAAUCCUAAAAGGUCAGUGGUUGUGGCAAACAACUUGGUGGGAAAGAAAAAAGGGUUUUCAAACCACUUAAGAGGAAGCAUGAAGGAGAAGGUUGAAGUGAGGUCUCUGAAGCAUCCCAUAGGAAAAGGCAUGGAGGUUACAAUGAUUGGUAGAAAGGAGGAAAUUGAUAAGCGUGGUUGGGGUAGUACUGGAGGUGGUCGUUCCGGAGUGGGGUUACGGCGGGCUGGUGCCAUGAAGGGGACUGGAAAUAGCAAAUGGGUGGUAAAGUUUGAUAAGGAAAGUGGUGAGGAACAUAUCUUCAGGGUGCCUAAAUCAUUUUAAAAGACUUUGUUUUGCAGCAAAGUUAUAUUGUGCUCCAUCUAAAGGUUUUGCUGGAAAUUAUGAAUCUUUGGUGUGUCAUCCUCACGAAACUACUGAGAAACUUCUUAUUAUACGUACAUGCAGAUCAAUGGAGGCACCAACUUGCAUUGAUAUGACUCAGAAAUCAGUGUCUUUAGUAUGCUUUCUAUAAAGGGAUGGAAAUGCUUGAUCUACGAAAGAGAGUUAGAAAAAGAUUAAUUUAUAAACUAACGUAAUUUUAUGUGAUCUAUUAAAUUGUGAAAGGUCUUAUUAUUAUACAUAAAGCAGACCUAGUAUAUCACAUUAAACCACGUUAAUUUAUAAAAUAACAUUUUGUAGCUCUCUUUGUAAACCGGGCAUUUCUCUUUUGUAAACCAGUGCGCGCAUUUGGUGACAGUACAUGCAUGCAUAGUCGUUGGCUCGAAUAUGAUCGAUGGAGGCUAGAUAAAAAUUGACCAAAUCCCAGUAGUACUUCGUCAUGUGAUCUGCCACCUCAUCGGAUGAUCAUCUUGAGCGUAGCACCAGAUUUGUAUUGCAACCACAUGCAUCGAUGCAUCAUGUAACUCGUAUGAAAAAGUUAUAAAUAGUUAGUAUUUAUACCAUGGGAGCUGUAAUUUAAACAGUAUAUAUACAUUGUAUCUCGUAUGAAAAAGUUAUAAAUAGUUACUAUUUCAAA